CGGUUCUUAAAAUCUUUGUUUCCGCGGCGUGCGAGCGCUUAGGCUGUCCGUCGACGAUUCGCCACACGUUAACUUCGUAUCUCCCACUACCAUUCUCCUAUCUCCGCAAUGGUAUCGCGUUCCAGCACAAUAGUCCGUUUCCAGUGAGCACUGUUCGCUGUCAGCAGCCGAGUCAGCUGCCAGGAGGAACUCGUUCCAGCGAUCGAAAUCGAUUCAACGAUCGAUAACGCAGGUAAUGCCAUCAUGAGCGAACACGCCUUGGACGCUGCCAAUUGGCUGGACCAUCUGAUCCCGAAAGUGACCGCGAACCUCGACAACGACUUCGACGAUGCACGAUACGAUCUGUUGUCGCCGGACGACACGUUCUUCGUCUCCAGCAUGUGCUUCGUGAAGAUCAUAGCCAACUCGAGUCGCAAGGACGCGCCGAAAGACAAGUCUCUGAGCGUCGUGGUGAAGAAACCGCCUCAAUCGGUCGCUGUCAGAGAGAUGUUGUCAGCGGAUGCUCAGUUCCACAACGAGAUCCUCUUCUACAGAAAGUACGCGAUGGACAGCGACGAGUUUCCCCGUUUCAUCUACGCGGACGAGAAGCCGCCCACCGACACGGUCCUCGUUCUCGAGAACAUCGGUCAGUGGGGUUACAGUCUCUGCCAAUGGAGGUACAACGUCCCGGUGGAGUACACCUUGGCGGCGUUCCGCGAGAUCGCGCGGUUCCACGCGAAGGGCUACGUGAUGAAGCAACGACGCAGAGAAGAGUUUUUCAAAUUGGUCGGUGACAUUUGGGAGAGCAGGUACGACAAGAACCCUGACAACGGGAUGAAGCUGGUGAUCAAAGCCACGGCGACCAGGGCGGUGGAUUACCUGAGGGACCACGGCCACGACAAGCUCGCCUGCGACAAGCUCGAGGCUUACCUGGACGACGCAUACGAGAACAUCGUCCUGAAGAGCAUCGAGCCCGAGGAGCCUCUCUCCACCCUCUGUCACGGCGAUUUCACGCUGAACAACACAUUCUUCAAGAGAGAGAACGGUCAGGUCAAGGCCAUGUUCAUCGACUUCGCGUUGAUGAGAUACGGCUCGCCCAUCAUCGACCUGACCACCUUCUUGUGCCUUCACUGCGCGGAGAACCUCGACAAAGAGAUGCUGGACACCGUUCUCAGAGCGUAUCACGACUCUCUGGAACAGCGUCUCGCGGAGGACGGGAUCGAAGACUGUGAUAAAUUCUCGUACGAAUCGCUGCGCGAAGAGUACAAGAGGAAGGGGCUGCUUGGUUUCAUUAUCGCGUCGUUUUUCCUGGCUCUGCUGAUGGGCAAGAGCGACCAGACGCCCGAGGAGUUCGCGGAACUCGACGUGGAGGUCUGGACCAGAAUAAUGCGCGAGCUGGGCGGGGACGAGAUCUCGGAGAUCCUGGCCAACUUGCUGCUGAAGAUGCAGGAGUUCGGGUGUUUGGAUCAUGUGAUGUAAUUCAAUGUCGCGGAUCGCCUGGAUACAUCGGCAGCUCGUAAAUCCACGCGACUGUCCUCCCACGGAUUUCCGGAUCUCGCGGUAUAAAUCAGCGCGCUUUUCUAUUAAUCAGCCCAGUCGCUGAUCCU